AUUGUUAGCUUAUACGUCAUUUUAUUGAUAGUACCGGUUAUUUGUUAUUUUGUAAAGAAUUACAAAUCGAACGUUUUUAUAAUAUUAAAAGAUCAAUUGAAUUUUAAUUGAUACAGAUUUUUUUGCUGGUAAAUUUUUGAAUAUUUAUAUGAGUGUUAUUGUUUAUAUUUACGGCGGUAAAUAUUAUAUCUAGUAUUGUUUCCUCAUAUUCUAAGUUAUAUUCGUAAAUAGAAGAAAUAUGUCCAUAUCAUUUGGUAUUACUAUAUUAUACACUGGUAUCAAACCAAGGUUUUUACCAUUUUUAUAUAAUAUCAAUAAAUCAAAGAGUUUCUGUACUAUCCAAGAUAACGAUAGUUCACCAUUAUCUGGUAUUCGUAUUUUGGAUCUUACACGUAUAGUGGCCGGUCCUUAUUGCACUAUGAUCCUUGGAGAUCUUGGAGCAGAAGUUAUAAAAAUUGAGAAACCUGGUAGCGGCGAUGAAGCACGUAAAUGGGGACCACCAUUUUUUAAUGGAACUCAAGAAUCUACUUAUUUUGUGAGCGUUAAUAGAAAUAAGAAGAGUAUAUGCAUAGAUUUGAAAAAAGGAAGAGAUAUUAUCUAUGAGUUAGCUAAAAAGUCUGACGUACUUGUAGAAAAUUACAUUCCAGGAAAGUUAAUGAAAAUGGGUUUAGGAUAUACGGAUAUAAAAAAGAUAGCACCUCAUCUUAUAUAUUGUUCCUUGACUGGUUAUGGUUCUGUAGGUCCUUAUGCUAAUAGACCAGGUUACGAUGUCAUUGCUAGUUCCAUAGGUGGUCUUUUACAUAUCACAGGCUUUAAAGAUGGACCUCCAUGCAAAGUGGGUGUAGCUAUGACUGAUAUGGCUACAGGUCUUUAUGCACAUGGUGCUAUCAUGGCAGCAUUACUUCAAAGAUUAAAAACUAAGGAAGGACAGUGGAUUCAAUGUAAUCUUUUAUCUACUCAAAUUGCUAGUUUAAUAAAUAUCGGGUCAAAUUACUUGAAUGCUGGUCAAGAGGCAACAAGAUGGGGUUCUGAACAUGAAAGUAUUGUACCUUAUGAAGCUUUUUCAACAAAAGACGGAUACUUAACAGUUGGUACAGGAAGUGAUUUUCAAUUUACUGAGCUAAUUCAAAAGAUGCAAUUAAUAGAAUUAGGUAAUAAUAAUAAAUAUAAGAAUAAUGUUAAUAGAGUGAAAAAUAGAAAAGAAUUAUUAAAUAUACUUAGAAGUGAAUUUAAAAAGAGAACAAAUAAAGAAUGGAUGGCAAUAUUUGAAGGAUCCACAUUUCCAUAUGGACCUGUUAAUACCAUAGAACAGGUCUUUGAGGACAAUCAUGUAAAACACAUAGGAUUGGUUAAAGAAGUGGAACAUUCUAAUAUAGGAAAAAUAUGUGUUGUUGGACCACCAGUAACAUAUAGUUAUGCUAAUAAUAGUGUUAGACUUCCACCUCCAAUGUUAGGGCAACAUACAAAUGAAAUCUUAAGAGAUUUAUUAAAAUAUUCUGAUGAUGAAAUACAAAAUUUAAUAUCACAGAAAAUUAUACAGUGAUCAAACUAAACUAUUAUCAUUAUUUAUAUUUAACAAUUAUAUAUCUAUUAUUUUAUAGUAAUUAUAUGUUAUUUUAUUUACAUAAUAAUUUUACAGUAAAACAUUGUAUUGUAUCAUAUAAUAAAAUUUAUU